GGCUUUGCCCCUACCUAUUUAAAAAUAAAUACAUUGGCGCUCCCGACGACUGAUUUCUCUCCUCACUCACGCCUGAACCUUCGCCAUCUUCGUUACCGUCGCCUUCUCCACUCAUCGGUGUAUCGUCGAUUCCAAAGCAUCUCUCACUCUCUUCUCUCAACGAUUUACAGGAGAUUCUAGCUAUCUCCGACAAGAUGCACGUGUUUCUCAAGGACAUAGUUCCAGCAGCACAGAACAACAUAGACUCGCGUUUCAUCAUCCUCGACAAAGCAAGAUCACCCGCCUCGGCGGCGAGCGGAAGGAGCUGUAUCGCGUUGGCAGCGGAUGAAACGGCGUCGGUUCACAUACAGCUGUGGGGAGACGAGUGCGACGCCUUCGAGGCAGGGGACAUCGUGAAGCUCACAAAUGGUAUAUUCUCGUACGUGAGGAACAAUGGGCUCAUUCUCAGAGCUGGGAAACGUGGGAAGAUGGAGAAGAUGGGUGAGUUCACGGUUGCGUUCGUAGAAACGCCUAACGUUAGCGAGAUCCUGUGGAUUCCUGAUCCUGAGAAUCCCAAACGCUAUAUUAAGAACGCCGUCGUUUCAGCUCACUCCCGUAUUUUCCCUCCUCUGCCUUGAUUAUAGAUGAUUUGUAAACUACAGAUGAUUAAUAUGAUAAAUUUUGUUUUUUUUUGUGGCUCAA